AAACAACUAAUCAAGGAAAUAACCUACGAGGAAAACAACAGUUGGUUGCAGCCUUGAUUAGACACUAAAACUGCAAUUUGAGCUUCUUAAAUGUGAAUAAUUUUCUAGUUUCUUUCCUUUUCUGUGAUAGGAAACUGAACAUAUUUCAUCAUUUUAUAUUGCUGCUCAAAAAUAUAGUCAAACAAUGACGUUAAUGAGGAAAAUUCUUAAUUAACAAACAGUGAAAAUAUUAUUAGUUGUAGCUCUGCUUGUUUUUUUUAUCUAUUGUGUAUGUUAUUUUAUGAUUAGAAUAUUGAUUUAUACUGAAUCACAUUUAAACGUGUUUUCAUGUUGUGCUGGUUCUGCUGCAGAUCUGGGAGGAAACAUGAGUUUGGGAUCGAUGUGUUGUGUUUAAACGAUGCAUGACGAGCAGCUCUGCAUGUUAACUUCUCAGCAGCUCGGUCCGCCUCUCCUGCUCGAUCCUUCGCGCAACUUUUUCUGCGCGGCUCCCUAAAAAAUCCUUCCAGCGGCCCACUUUAGCCAAGUCGUCGCCAUUUUAUUAAGCGCCUAAAUAGCCCUCCCCAAUCGCCUAUUACGAACCGCAAUGAGAUCCUGUGCUGUGCUGCGUUCGCCGUUUUCUAUCUCCUCCUCUGGCCACAACACGAAAAUGGCCACGCAGUUGCAUUCCCGCACAUCCACGAGGGCGCACGGACACGCAGCCGCAGCCGUCGCUCCUGCAGCGCCUGACCGGAGCACAUUUUGAGGCAUUUACAACUGAGCGGGAGCUGCUGUAACUUUCCCCCAGAGAAAGUGGGCAAAAAAAAAGAACAAGGGGAAAAAAAAAAAAAAAAAAAACAGGAUCCAGUGUAACCAGUCCGCCACCUAGCUGCGGAGACGCGCCGACGGAGCAGCUCCGUCGACUGAGUGAUUAUGAAAACACCCGCGCCAAUGUUGUUGCACAGUCGCCGCUGCGCUCCGAUGGCACCGAAACUCGCUUUUAGGAGCCGUUUUAACCUCCGCCGGCCUUAGUUAUGUAACCAAAAAGCGGCAUCUAAUGCACCAGAAGCCGCGGAGAGCAGGACAGCAACACCUUCACCUCCUGCCAGUUGGCUCCGGGACGCGCUCUCGGCUCGAGCCGACGGGACGACACACCGAGCUUCCCUCGCUGGAUGAAGGCACCUAGCUGGACUUUUUUCCUGAUCUACACCUGCACUCUGCUCCUCACCUCCAACCCCGUUUGACAGAGUGAUACUGGGAACCCCACAGCUGCCGACCUCUCCCCCCUGACUCCUCUGAUGGACCAGAGAGUGAAGGGGGGAACCCCUCCAACCACAGCCUCCACUCUGGACCCCGCCCCUGCACCUGAGGACUCUGAACCGGUGGGGGAGAAGAAGAGGAGAGGCGAGGGGGAGAAUGGCGACGUGGGGAAGAAGGAGGAGGAGAAAAGAGGAGCGGGGAGGAAGCGGGAAGGCGACAAGGGGGCAGUGCUGGAGCUGCUCAUCGAGGGGCGAUGUGGGGGGCAGCAGAUCCCCGGCCGGGAGGCCAGCUGCCCCGAGGGGAACGUACGAGUCCGCAUCGGGCUGCAGGCCAAACGCACCAAGAAGCCGCCCAAGAUCCUGGAGAGCUACGUCUGCAAGCCUACCAUCAGGACGUACCAGCGGCAGGGCAGGGGGCUGCUGCUGAGGGCCGACGGAGACGGAGGCCAGCAGAGCAAAGCCGGCUCCGGCCAGGAUGAGGCAGCCAGAGAGCAGCGCUCGGGCUUGGACGCUGUCCAGACCACAUCCAAACAAACUGCAUCUGCUGCUUCGACGCCGCUCGCACCACCUUCGUCAUCGCAGUCAUUAUCGUCAACGUUCGCCACAGCUUCCACCCCGGCUUCGGUCCCCGCUGUCACCAGCCAGGGCACCAAGUCUGCCAAACAGGUUCCUAUCAAGCCGGCCGAUAAGACGGAGGUGAAUUCGAACGGCUCGUCGGAGAGGGCGAAGAAGCCUCCGAGCGUCAACGGCCAGCCCGUCGCUGCAGCUCCGAAGCCCUGCUCGCCCAAGACAGACCAGCCGGCUCCAGCUUCCGGCCCGUGCGUCCAGGCCGCCUCCGCUUUGGAAACCAGGAACGACGGAAGCACCUCCAAGAAACAUAAUGGUUUGGUGCAAAAACAGAAGGGGUUACCGAACGGGAAGGGCUCUGCCAGCAUCCUCGGCACUUCCACCGCAUCUAAAAGCAAAGCUGGGAAACACAGCAGCUCCUCCUCCGUUUCUUCCACGGAGUCUUCGACGAGGCCUCCGGUCUCCGCGAGCUCCCAUAAAGAACUUUCCACUAAGAGCAGGCCAGACUCUCCCUUGGUCACCUCCAAACCACAAUCCUCCCCCGCUGUGGAUCUCCCUUCUGCCCAACCUCAAAGUCAGGAUGCCUCCCUAGAAAAGAAAAGAGAGAAGGAUAGGAAAGCAAAGAAGGAGAAGCGGAAAGACAAGAAGUCAAAGAAAGAAAGACUGGAGGCUGACAGGGCAAAAAGUGAGAGCAGGAAGGACGAAGUAAAAAAGAAGAAAAAGGAGAAGGGAAAGGAUGGAAAAUCGAGACACGGUAAAGAAAAGGAGGAGAGGCGUAGGAGUGAAGAUUUGUGGAGGGACGAAGCAAAGAUCGACAGAGGAAAGGCUGAGAAAAAGAGGCUCAGUCCGGAGAGGCAAAGAACGGAGGAUAAUAAUGCAAAAUGUGGCGAAACAGCUGAUAGACUGGUGGCGAAUCCAGACGAGAAAGAAAAGAUGGAUGACAGUUGCAAGCCAGCAAAACAAGCUGAGCCAGCAGCGGCAGCAACAGGUGACGCCAGUAAAUCAAAAGAACAGGACGUGUCGAGACAUUCAACUGUGCCUCCGAGCCACCCCUCGUCUUCUGCCCCUCCCAUGCCUUCUGCCCCCAUAUCUCCCCCGUCCUCCCCCCAAGAGCAGGACAGCCGGCCGCUCAAGAAACGCAAAGCCAGGAGGCCCAGCUGGACUAAGCUGGCGCACCGGGCUCCGAGGGCGGAAAAUCAGGAAGCCCCUUCAGAUUCCCUGCAUAAUCCUGCACUGAGUUACCAACAGAACCCCAAGACGCCCCUCCCUGCCAAAGCCACUAUCCAGCAGAGCGACGAGUCCUUAACCAGCAGCUCCUCCCCUCUUUCUUCUGCAACCAAACCUCAGAUUCACCCGGCGUCAGACUCCGUGAGCGCCGGCCGAAAAAGGGGGCGCCCCAAAUCCCACGGUUCCAGUUUGGACGAGCCUCCCCUUCGACUCUCGCCGAGCAACACCCCGACCGAGGUGCCUCCUCUGGGGUGCGACGGAGUCCAGAAAGCCCCCAUGCUGGAGCCAAGUCCAGCGUCCAAAUCCAGCCCCAAGAAGCGUGGACGUCCCCCGAAACCAAGGGUCCCCGAGGACCAGAGCGGAGAUGAUCAGGGAGACCGGAGUCCGGACUUCCAUCCUCCCGAGAAGGGAACCAGGCAGCUGAAGAUCCAGAGGCUGAUUAACGAGAUGAAAAAACGAAAGAAGAGGAGGCUCCACAAAGUGAUGCUGUCGGGGUUUGCGGGGAAGGAGGUAAGAGGGGGGGAGGCGGCAGAUGGCGAGGCCUCUCUGAGAAUGUGUAAAUCGAUAGAGGCUACGACGGUGCACACGCUCUCGGCCCUGUCGUCCUCUUUCGGGAGCAAACUGGGUCCUCAGAUCAAUGUGAGCAAGAGAGGAACCAUCUAUAUGGGCAAGAGACGAGGACGCAAACCCAAAUCGCAAACCGCCAACCUGAACUCACAGAGCUCCUCCCUGUUCUCCAACACCUCCGAAACCUCCCUCUUUCAACCCCAGCCUCCCUCUCACCCCUUUCCCUCCCCGUCCCUCACCCACUCCAGCGGCGCCCAGAGUCCCUACAGCGAAGGCAGCCUCACAGAACCGGCGCCGUCCCUCCUUUUUCCUCACCCCUUCUCCCUGCCUUCCCCGUCCUCCUCCUGCACCUCCCCCCGGCCUCCUUCCUCAUCCUCCAUCUCCCCCUUCGUGAAGAAAAGCUGCCCAUGUCAGGGGAGGCACCACUUCCCCUUCCACCAGUCUUCAUGUAAGCUCUCCUGCCCCACCCCUCCGCUGCAUCACCCACCCGGCUCCCCCGGCCACCUGAAGGAGGCCACGCCCUCCCCCCGGAGCGAGUCCCACAGCGAGGAGACGCUGCCGAGCGACAGCGGCAUCGGGACGGACAACAACAGCGUCUCCGAGCGAGGGGAGAUGAGGGGAGCCCGGGGUAUGCUGAGGCUGGGUCAGGGGUCCGGGGUGAUUCUGGGGGGCCAGAGACACCCCUCUCUGGUGGACCGACCCUCCCCGGUCUCCUCACCCCUCUCCCACAUGUCCAGACACAGGAACCCCAUGACUACCCCGACCGCCGUGGAGCGGCGACACCGGCACCGGCGCAGGGAUUACGACUGCCCCUCGUCCUGCGCCUGCCUGUGCCCCUGCCCCUGUCCCGGACACAGCAAGUGCCCCCAUUCGGACUAUUACCCCUGCAUGGGGCACAAUGCACUGAAGAGGCAGAAAAACAAACACAAGAAGAAGCACCAGCAGCUCCACAUGCAGGAUCCGGAGUUCCUGGCCGAGCUGGAGGAUCUGAUCGGUCAGUUCAGCGAGGUCCACAUCGGUAGGCGGAGCUGGGCUCGGACGGGCCUCGGACAGGGCUUCGAUGGGAACCCACCUGCAGGAAGGAGACACCACACUUCCUCCACCUCCGCCUCCUCUCAUUCGCUGCGCUCCAACAUCUUCAGGAUCAAUCUCAACGGCUUCUACUCGCCUCACCCGUCGUCCUUCUCCACCAAUCCCUCCUUCUCGCCGCAGCCUUUUUACCCCUGCCACUGUAGCAGGAAGCCAGACCGCCGACAGUGUGGCUGCCCCUCGAAGUUCCAGGAGACCAUCGAGAACAUGGGCUUCUACAGCGGCUACCCUCCGGCCACGACGCUUUACCACCACCUGCCCAGCUCCUACCCGCUGCCAUCCUAUGCCCCACACCAGCCCCACCACUUCCUCCUCAACCCAGCAAGGUUCCACCGACGGAGGAGCCGGCUGCUGAGGGAGGGGGCUCUAGGAGGGGAUGUCGAAGGAGACGGCGGCGGCGGAGGUGGAGGAAGCGGAGGAGGUCCUCACCUCAGCUCAGGGUUCACAUCCAGCCUCUCCUGUGGCUGCGGGAGGAACGAACACAAACACAAGCAUAAGCAUCGCCACCGGCACUGCGAGCGAGACGUGGACGACGACGAGGAACAGGACGACGAGGAGGACGUGGUGGAGCGGGAGGGGCUGGCUGGGUUAAAGCCCAGGUCGGGGUUCAUUCUGGGGCAGGAAGGAGGAAGGAAAGGGGCGAGAGGAGCCGGGAGUCUGCUGUCGAAGGAGUCGCCGUGGCUAUGUGAGAACGGGAAUGACUCGUUCUCCACCGCCACUGCUUCAUCUUCCUCCUCCUCAGCAGAGAGGUACAAACACACAUCCCUCACCUCGCUGGGGCUCGGCUCCUCCCACCUGUCCUCGUUCGGCGGCGGCUGGGGCGGCCUGGGCCAGAGCUGGUCCAAAUUCGGCGGCCUGGGAGGAGCGAGAUUCGGAAACCCCGGCUGGAGAGGCUUCAGCGCUGAGCAGCACCCGGCCAGGCUGAUCGCGUCCGACGGGGAGGACGAAGAUGGGGAUGACGACCAGUACAGGGCGUCGCCGUCACCGACGCACACCAACCUGUUCACGUCCGCCGCCAUGACGACGGUGGGGAGGGGUCUGAGGAGCGGAUUGGCCGGGAGGAAUCCAGGAAGUGGAGAGAGGUCGUGGAGGAGGGACGAACCGGCGUGGACGGAGAGGAGAGACACAGGUUUACAAGGUGACUCAAGGAGCCGGGGGCAGCAGAAAAGUGUGCCAGCGCCAGACGCCAUGGUGGCAGUGAAGAACAAAAGGAGGCCCGGACGUCCGAGGAAGCACCCGCUGCCCUCCGAUGCCGCAGCCUCGCCGGCGCAUCACCCGCCUGCAGCGCCGCCGACGCAGGACCUCCUGCAGGGUCGCAGCAGGGAGGCGGGAGGCAGGAGGGAGGACCGGCUGGUGGUGGAGAGGGAGCGAGUAGGAGGAGGAGGAGGAGGCGACUCGGAGCUGGAGGCCAAGAGGAAGCGAGGGCGGAAGAGGAAGCACGGCGACUCCCCGUGUCACCAGAGCGUCGCCGAGGACAAGCCCGAGUGCGACCCCCUCCCCGAAUGUUUCAGCCAAUCGGACGCCGAUCCGGCUCAGGCUCCGCCCCCGCCGCCGCCGGUCGCCGUCCACAGAGAGGAGCGAGCCGACGGGCCUUCCAGGAAGAAGUUCCUGAGGGCCGGCCUUUACUCUGACGACUACAAAACCACAGAACCGCCUUCCCAAGCCCAGAAGAACUGCAGAGAGAGUUUGGAGUAUUCGCCGGGAGACAACGACUACAGCCUGCUGCCGGCGCCCAUACACGUCGGAAAGUAUCUGAGGCUGAAGCGAAUUCAUUUCCAGCUGCCCUACGACGUCAUGUGGCUGUGGCAGCACAACCAGCUUCACCAUCAGCCCGCCGUCCCGCUGAAGAGGAAGCGGCGCUACUGCCGACUGAAGGAGAGGACGACUUCCUCUCUGCAGGCAGCGGAGGAGAGCUCUAGCGACAUCACCAGCCUGUUCCCUCACCUCGACAUGGAGCCUUUGACAGGCAGCGAGAGGAGCUUCGUGGUGAAACAUCACGUCUUCCUGGUGAGGAACUGGGAGCUGGUCAGAGACCGACAGAUCCGGAUGAGGAUCGAGCGGGAGCGAGAGCGGGACGCCGACGGGGAGGACGAGGACGAGCCGCCGCGUCCGUCCUGUGACGGAGCCAAUGGGGACGACAGCCACAUCAAGUCAGAUCCACCAGUGGGGGUGGAGGUGACGGUUAUCAGCAGUGACCCCCACCAACAAAGUCAGGACACCUCCAGCUCGCUCACUGCCAGCCCCUGUCCCACCAAAACCCAGAACAGACAAGAGGAGGAGGGAGAGGAAGAGAAACGAGGGGAAGGAGAGGUCUGCAGCAGAGAACAGAGGAGGAAACGGCUGAAUGAUUUACUUUUGACCCUGCAGCAUUCAUAAGCUAACAGACAGAGCGCUCUGAGGAAGGGACCAGACCCACCACUGGACCGACGGACUCGAACUGAUGUCACAACGCUGCUAUCGACGGUAGCAGAGCCACAGAGGGGGGGAGGAGGAAAAAGAGGAAGGAAGGAGGAGAGAGCUUCAGAAUUAUAGCAGCUGAAAAAUGCAAGAAAGACAUCUCGCACACUGACAGAUGAGUGUGUUGAACCUCGCGCUCCGAAGGGCAUCACACCAAGGAUGAAACCAUGGCAACGCACAUCUUUUGUCCAGGCGGCAAAGAGGAUGAGUGAAACGGAGAUCUGACUGUCCCGGAUGAACGGAAAGGAAACAGACCAGCUGAAAAUGAAUUUGCACUAGUGCUGGAUGAACAAGCACACUAAAGACUGUACUGAGUGGACACACUAUAAACACACACGUUGAUCGCUCUUACUUCGGCACCUUAAGCAAAUUUUGGGAAAAAAAAGGACAGAUAUUGCACCGGGGGGGGGGGGGAGAGAUUUGAAAGUGGACAUAUAUGGUACUCAGCGUUUUGGCUCCGAAAGACGAGGAGCUGCCCGGGGGGAACAAAAAAAAAAAAGAGAGAGAGAAAUGUAGCCUGGGCCCUAAGUAGGUCAAAAUCAAACCCUCAUUUUACUUGUUAAGCUUUUCAAAGUCACAUUGCACCUUUGGGAAAUGGCACGAGGAGGAAGAGGCGAGCCAGUUAAAAGCUGUUGAGACAGUGUUAGUGGGUUGUUGUUUUUUUUUUUUUCUUCCCUUCACUUUUACCAAGACAGUGUCUGCUAUGUACCAGUGAAUAGGCAGGGGAGGGGGGCGGGCUCGGCGAUAGGAAUUUUGGCAUCGCGGCAAGAGAAUUUCUAAUGAGGUUUUAAAAAAGAAAGAAGUUAUUUUUUUGAGACAAGGAAAGAAAAAUUUAAAAAAAUUAAAAAAAGAAGAAGACAGCUCGUCUGCUAAAGAAAUAUAUAGGAAUGUUUAUUGUUGACUAUUUUCAGUAUUGCUUCCGGAGGUGUACAAAGUGUUUUUGUUUACUCAGACUGCCUUUGAGAAUGUUUCGCUCUUUGCUUCGGAGCAUUGACAAUCAGAAUGUCCUCGGGUCGGGUUGGGGGGGGGGAAGGAAGGAAGAAAGAAAGGAAGAGAGAGGAGGAAAAAAAAGGGAAUCGAUUUGCCCCAAAUGCUCUGUAGAAGUGCCAUGUCGUCUUGUGUAUAAGCGAACUCAUGCAGUCUUUAAAAAGCAAUAUCUCCUCUGAUAAGGACUAUAUAUCCUGUUUUGUUUUGUUUGGUUUUGUUUUUGUUACGUUUGGGUUUUUUUUAAGUUGUGAAUAUUCGAGGAUCGGAGGUCGUUUUUUUUUCUGUACAGACGCAUCAGUAGAUCAUGUUAGGAGCAUCGGGCUAAUCCAGCGUUUAGUUUCAUGUGAAUGUACAGUACAUAGAGAGACCUGUUUUCCUUCUAUCAGCGGUAGCGUGUAAAAUCAGUAUCAUACAUGACAAUACUAUCCUGGUUAUACAUAACAGAUAAUAAUCAAAUCUCUCAUUUUACUAAGAUGUUUUUAACAGAUUAUACAGCUGACCAAUAUAUCAGACAUUUCUCCUUGACUAUGAUUGUAUAUGAUUUUUUUUUUUUUUUUGUAGAAUUACAUUUUUUUUUUUUUUUUUUUNUUUUUUUUUUUUUUUUUUUAGCUGAGUUUGUUUUUUGGUCAGACAAUCAGUGACAGUGAAUUAGUUUUUUCCAGUGUUAAACUUCUGCUCUCUCUCUCUCUCUCUCUCUCUCUCUCUCUCUCUCGCUCUCUCUCUCUGUCUCUCUUUCAGUAGUGUGGCUUCUAAUAACAAGCCAAGAAAGUGCAAUUUCUUUGACUGUUUACAUACUGUAUGUAUAUUUUUCCUCUUUCCUUUUUUAAAACUAAGAGCACUACAUUAUUAUUGCCAGUGGAUGAUUAACUUUAUAGCAAAGGUACAAAUAAAGAGUUAUUUAUCUAGUUUGCAUGACAUGUAACCUUUGCCUGUUGCCUCCGAUAAUGUGCAUCUGGAAAACAAAAACAAAAAAACAACAGUGAUAACUUCAAUGCCAUAGAAUGUCAGCUCCAACUUUUUGCCUCUAUAUCCAUAAUAAUAAAAGCAUUUUAUGUCUACUA